CUAAUCAUUAAAAGGACACCUCGCGUUGCCGUUGCUGUGAGGAUAGCUCAUUUAAUGCGUACCAAUUGUCUGUGUGGAAAUUUAUUUGCCAAGUUGCCUAUUGCUCGGCUUACAUGCAUGAAGGGUGUAAUUCCACAUUGUACCUCUCCAAAAUAACACAUUAGAGCUCACGCAGGGCAUCGAGUACAAGAAUGUGACUUGGUACGAUAAAACAGACUGCGGCAGAUUGCAAGAAACAUCAGAACAACUGUUUUGGUGUCCAUAACCAAUCGAUUGUUCAACACAAACCAAAUGAUGGCUGUUUUCAGGGAUAAAAAGUGCAGAGCGUUCCAUAGCAGCUAAUUUGUAUAAGCUAUUUUCAACUUACCUUCUACAAACUUAGAUAAAUACUGUGCGAUUGAAAACGUUAAAAUUACUUGCCAUUUUGCCCAAAUUUAAAAAAACAAAAUUUACGAUGAAAUUGUUUUGCUCUACACGUCACAUCCCCAACCAAUCAAAAGUACGAAUGCAAAACAUAGAUUAAAAAAAAAUAUUGGAGGGGUAAAAAGUACGAAGAGCAAAAGCAGCAUGUACGAAUUUUACAGACAGAGUAUAAUUGGAAAAGCACUACAGGAUACCAUAGAGGAUAUGUUGGGCAACUCGCAGCUUACGCCCGCACAGGCCAAGCUAAUCCUUGAGAAGUUUGACCAGGCGGUGCCGGUUGUUUUUGGUCGCACGGUACAGAGCAACAUGAACUUUAAGGGUGGCGUUGAGUCGUACAAUUUCGUUGAUGGCGUGUGGAAUUUUAUAACGAGAGAUUUUGUUAUGACCAUCAACAAUAAAAUGGUGAGAUGUGAUUAUGUGAAAAUUGUGGCGUGUGAUGCCGAUACGUCGAGUGAUAGCGGACGGAAAAGAAGGAAAAGGAAUGUUGGAAAUAGAUAAAUG